CUGAAUGACAGUCAGGAGAGUGUACCGCAGGAUGCUGAAAGUGGGCUAAUGAGUUCAACGGGUGCAGCAGACGACACUGAACACCUGUCAAAUUCCGAGGAGCCGGGGGCCGUUGGUGGUGUUAAAAUAGUGCUUUACCAACACCCUGUUAGAUACUGUGACGGGGGUAGCAGUCAGUUUCAAGAGUCAGUCUAUAGCAGUGACGGAAGCUUGGAUCUUCAAUCGAGUCCGGUUGCACAGUGUCACGUUGAGUGCGCCGGACGUGCUAUUGUUGAACAUAACAGAAACAGUGAACUAAGUCCGGAAGAGGAGCCGUGUCUUGCCAGAUCUGGUAGCAUUGAUAGUGUACAUUCUUUUGACGAUGAUUUGAACUUAUUGGAAAGUCAAUCAUUAAUGACUCGUAAAUCAAGUCGGGAAGGAGCAUCAGUGACAAGUAUGGGGUCGAAAUCUCUACGUAGAGGGAGUGAGAGCAGCAGCAUUUCACUAAGCAUGAAAGAAAAAAUGUAAUAUUAAGUUUUUCCCCCGUUUUUUUUCUUCAUUUAUUUUUUUGUUAUUUUUUUUCUUCUGAUUUUGUGAAUCAACAUGUUACCAAAGAAUCAUGAAAUAUAUUAUUGUGUGUAUAUCUCUCUCCACAAGCUACUUUAGUGGAGAAAAUAUUCACUUUUGUUGAUAAUCUUUCUCGGUCAUGCUUUCUGUGUUAACGUCGUCAGUUUAAGUUCAAAGGCAAAACUACAAUCUAUGUUACUUCUUGAGCUAAACUAUAUCUGUCUCCUGGUUGUGUCCAAAGACUAUGGAAACCUUAUCAUACAUAGUUUGUAUUUUUGGUUUCUUCAAAAUUUUGGUGUCUAUGAUGUGGUGCAUUCUAUUAUAUAGGAAAAUGCUUUACAAAACAAUUAAUCAAUGAUUUAUGUUCAUGUAUUUAUUUAUAAUUGAGCGUUUCAAGUAAUGUUGAAUCUGUUGUUGUCUUUUCUUUAAAUUAUUUGUCGUAAUGAUAAAGAAAAAAAGGACUGUCACUAACUAUACAGAAAGUGUGACCGAGAAAGACAUUUGCUUGUUUUUCUUUAUUUUUGAGGGGUCAGUGCAAACAAAGGAUAGAACCAUUCUUCAUUUUGUGUCACUUACAAAAAUCUGUGAAAGAUGUUAUUUUGUUGAAUAUUUUUAAAGCCACAUGCCUCCAGAUAAAUGCCAAAUUUUAUGAGAAACUGUUUUUCUAAAUGAAAGAAAUAAUGGAUAUUUGAAUUUAUUACAAUAAUUAAAGCAGCAGACACAAUAGAAUCUGCAUUAAUUGCAUGAAAUAUAUCAAAAUAUUAUAAACUUAGUGCAGUAACAGGUUAACUCCUAUUAAAUUAGGUAAGGAGUUAAACUAUUACUGCACUUAGGUGAUGAUAUGCAAAAUAGCCAGUGAACUAAAAGUAAUGGGGUAAAUAUGUUGAUAAAAUUUAUUAAUCAUAAUAAAUUUUAGUUAUAUUUUACAAAUAACCUGUAAACAAAUCUGUAAACAGUUAUAUGGAUUGUAAAUAUAUAUUCUAAAUACUAUUUUCUCUUGUUCAGUUUUUGAAACUUUGUUUAUUGUCUGGAGGCAGGCAGAGCAAUAACCUUAAUGUUGAGAUAUUUUUUCUCAUUUUCCUGCGGUGAUUAUUAAAUUACAUUUUCAUUAUACUUUGAUAAAUUACAUUUUGAUUUUUUUUGCUGGGAAAUUCCUCUAAAUAUGAAAAAUUGUGUGUACAUGUGUAGAAAAAUAAUGUUGGUUGUAAAAACAGCUGUCCAGCAUUUUUAAAGGAAAGCUAAUAAUUAAUUACAAGCGAUGAUUAUUUUGAAUAUUGAAAAUGCCAUGGAUGCAAAAUAAAAAGAGCAUGAAAUUUUAAUUUAGGGCAUUUCCAUGUUAUGUUUCAGGUUUAUUUAUUGAUUACAGCCCUGCAGUUAUUUUUGUUCUUUGCUGGCAUCAGUUUAUUUUUAUUUUCUUGCAAAUAGCAAUGCAAAUGAGUAUUUUAAGUGCCUGUAUAAAAUAGAUCAUUGUAAAGAAUGGCAAUAAUGAAUUUCAUAUGUGGUGGUGAACAUCCCAUGAUAUGAGUUCAUGAUCUCUUUCUUAAUUCACUGGACAUUUUGAAUUUAAAUUUGUAUAAUCUAAUGUUAAAGGUAGUAUGUUGAAUCUUACUUCCAAAAAAACGUCUUACAGAAAAAUUUCAGUUCAGAUUUUUUGAUAAAAAAAGUUAAAAAUGGACAUUUUUUAAGAUAAUUUAAAAUACAAAAGUGUUUUGGACAUAGAGCUCACAAAAUACAAAAGUGUUUUGGACGUAGAGCUCACUAAAGGUAAAAGGAGCUCAGAUUUUUAUCAGUGCAUGCCAUAGAUUCAUACAUAAGUAAUACUUUUUAAAAAUUAACUCAUAAAUUAGUCAUGCGUAAAAAGUAUGUUCAUCUAGUACAUCUUUGAAAGCAUUCUAGGGCAUUAAGCCAGGUAAACUCUUGAAAACUGUUGGAAUCAUUAUGAAAUGCAUUAAGUUCCUUUCAUGGAUAUUAUCAUUUAAAAAAAACAGAUCUUUCUUUCUCCAGAUUUUUGAAUUUUUCAAAUGUGUAGGAGUUUUUCUGCGGGGUGUCCAUAGUGGAGUGGUUAAGGUUGUUGAUUUUAAACCACUUCUCUAACACUGCUAUAGGUUCAUGCAACACAAGCGUCUUAUGAUUCUUUUCUGUAAGAAAGCUAUUCAUUUAGCUUACGAAACGUCUGUGGUUCUUCUCAGGUGCCCAUUUGUACCUGAAAUAAUGCACGGAAUGACACCCGAGGUCUUCCACUACUUAAGCUGGAAUGGUGCCAUUAAGACCUAUACUGUGUUGGUGCGACAUGAAACACACACACACA